AUGGCUCUUGUAACAUUCUUGCCCUUCUCCGGAUGGACACGUUGGGAAGUUGAACAUUCCGACGAUCAACUGCUUAUCCCAGAGACAUCGAAGUCGAAAAUCUCCGUAAGACUCAUAAUUUUGGAAGCUCGAGUUUUUUUCCCUGCAAUUUUCCGUCUGCGUUCAAACACACUAGUAAGGACACUACGGCGCCCAGCUUGUCGAGGGCUGACGGCCGUGAGAUUAAAUCUUCGGCGACAGCGAAGAAAGAUCCUUCUGGAGGUAGAAAUGAGACGGAGUGGAAGAGAGAGCCUUAUUGUGCGGUUCACAUCUAUAGAAGUCCUAGAAAUGAAGCUUGUUCUGCUAAAUAGCGGGUGGUACCCUACGUUUUAAGAUCGAGGAGUACAAAACUUCAAUCAAUCACUUCAUUUUCUCGCCAAAAAACAGACGUUAUUUAUUUUGAUUUACAAAAAGCGUUCGAUAAUGUCCCUCAUAACCUUUUGUUUGACAAGCUUAGAGCUUUUGAGCUCAACUCUCAACUAGUUGGUUGGUUCGAAAGUUUUCUUUUCGAACGUCAAUCGGUUUUCAAUAUGGUUUUCAACCUAUUUGUGAAGCCUCACCUCGACUACUGCAGUGACGUUUUCUAUCCCGCAAUGAAUUCCGAACAGGCAUAUCUACUUGAAAAACCUUAUAGGUAUUUCACUAGAGAAAUUUUCAUGCGUAGGAACUUGAGAUUCAAUUCAUAUUCUGAAAGAUUGCUCUAGCUCGAAACUAAUGCUUUGUACAGAUAAAUACCUCGGUGGACCUUUGUCAAUUUUGAAUCUAGUUUUAUUCUUUUUCAGCGAAUAAAAAUCCGAUUAAAAAACAGCGGCGUGGAAGAAGCUGGCAAAGGCGAGAACGAAGCAGGUUUGCAGAUUUAACUGAAAAAAAAGAUUAGCCUACGGUAUUUGUAAAGUUUGCCUCACCUAAAUUCACUAGAUUUAUCAUUGGGGCGCGCUUUUUCACACCUCUUUGAUUUAUUUUUUUUUUCUUUGUCAAUUUUUUGUGAAUUAUCGGCUUUUUAUGUCAUAAUAUUUUGCUUUUUGAUUAGUGCGUGCUGAAUUCGCCAAGCUCUUCAAUUUUUAUUACAAAGUCAUGCUAGAGUUUAAAAAGCCAAAAAAAAAAAAUAUCAAGUGAGUUUUCGCCUUAAUCUGUGUCAAUAUCAAUCGAGGUUUUUCGCGGUUAUCUACAACAGAAUUCCCUGAAAUGAAAGCUGCCCAUUCAAAGUUGAAUUUAUAUUGAACCAUUUUAUGAGCGCAGCUACUUGUAUCCUGCUCCCGAUUGACCAGUGACAAGCUGAUUAAAUGUGAAACCUCCUUCCUCAUUUCCUAUCGACUUUUUCAGUUUCAAAUGUCAUCCUAAAAUGCAGAGGUGGAGGAUUGGGAAGGUAGCCCUUGGCUUGACGGCCAAGCCAAGCCAUUGGGCCAAGCGAUAGAAAUGAUUCAUUGGGUUACUAUUGAAAAAGUCAUUUCUGCUUUUGGGCGUUUAUGGCUUGGCAGGCAGGGCGGCCAGUGGGCAGCCAUCCUCCACCUCUGCUAA